CACACCGAGUACCCUGGCCGGUAAUCGUUACUUCUUUCUAAUCAUCGAUGAUCAUACUAUGUGGAUGUGGGAGUUCAUGAUCAAGAGCAAGGAUCAAGCGCUGGAUGCGUUCAACAAGUUCAAGCCGCUGGCUGAAAAUACGGCUGGGCGGUGCGUGAAAACACUGCGGUCUGACUGCAGCAGCGAGUUCCUGUCUAGCGACUUCAUGCGGGUGUGUGAGGAGGCAGGGAUUCAACAUCACCUGAUGGCAUCGUACUCACCUCAGCAGAACGGAGUGGUGCAACGCAGGAACCGCAUGGUGAUGACCAUGGCGCGGUCCCUGCUGAGGCCUCGUUUGGCAGGCCGGGAACCCGGUGGGAUCUGGGAUGUUUGGAAGCCCACGAGCGGAGAUAUUCCCGGCAUUAUCCACGUGGGAUCUGGGAUGAAAGAAGCCACGCCUCCGGGCAUUAGGAAAAAUUCCCCCUCGCGUCGCUCGCGACGCAGCCUUCCCUUCCCUCUGAGAAAUUGCGGGCGCCGCUGCGCCUCCUCCCCGGUCGACGCCGCCGCGCCCCCCUUCCCCGGCGAGAGCAGCUGCUGCUCCCCGGUCUCAUCGUCCUCUCCCGCGCGAGCAAGCAAAGCAGAGCAAGGGCCUGCAUUCUGCUUCUACUGGAUCCUUCGAGCUAGACAUUAUCUGUAGCUCCUCAGCUGGACACUGGAUCGAGCUCGACGACGGUGGAUUGAAGUAGCCAUGUAGGUGACGAAGAAUUGAAUUUUGGUCAUGGAGAUGUUGUUUUUUAUUGUAUGCGCAUGACUGCAGGGGAAAAAGUGCUCGAAGAUAAAUGUAAAUGAUACUAUAAAGAAUUCAGACAUUCCAUCUAA